AUGGUAAUACAUAGAAAUAGAAAUAUUGGCUCUGGUGGCAGUAGCACAGUUGGAGCAAUAAGUUAUGAUAAUGAAGCUAUCAAAAAUGCUUUUCGCUCUCGAGCCGAAGCGGGACACAGUUUUGAUGAAGAUGUUCAAAAACUAGUAGGAACCUUUAAUAAGGUAGCCGAAAUGAGUGGAGCAAUUGCCAGUUUAAAAGAUUGUAGUAGUUCGGAAGAAUUUUUAUCUCACAAAAAUGCUUUACUGGCUAAGUGUAAUCAAGCGAUUAAUGAAAUGAGUUUAACCACUAUUGAAAACGAAGAUUAUACGGCUAGUUUUUUAAGCCCUUAUAUCACUGCUUUUACUAGUGAUUUAAGAAGACAAAUGGAUGAGAUAAAUGGACUUAAUUAUGAAGAACUGGUGCGAUUGGAGGCUUUACAGUUAGAAGAAAAUAAAAUCAAGGGUGAAAUAGAAGAUGCUUACCGUAAGUAUAAUGAGACUGAUGACCCUGAUGAACAAGAAGAAAUACUUAUUGCGACCAAUGUUUAUGAUUAUACCCAGUCAAUUAAUCAACUAAUUAGCAUGAUGGAAGGAAAAACUGAUCCUAAUACUCCAAUUCCUCCUAAUACAACUCCUAAUUCUAAUGGUUCUGGUUCUAAUCAAACACCGACAGAUCCAACCACUCCAAGUGGAGGAAAUAAGCCAAAAAAGUCUUCUCAAACUCCCUGA